CAGACCGGAAGCACUAAUCAGGACUACCGAAAAUUCUUGUUGUUGACCAUCGCAUUUUUGUUUUUUUGAGCUCUUUUUUUAGAACAGUUUGUUUGUUUUUUGGUAGAUUUCUGUGCUGUUUGUUGAGUAUUCGCGUGAACCACAGUUACUGUUCCCAUACCGGACUGGAGGGUUUCUUCUAGUAGCUGAAUCAUUCUCUUAUUUUCAGUCGGCCCGAGGCUGGGCUAACGUUAGCCUAGCAUUAUUGAAGCCCCGCUAGCUAGCGUUAGCUGGCAUUCGCUGUCAAUCUAGGUGGCAUUUAUUAGUAAGAACAGUCAAAACAAACACCCGAGAAAAAUGUCAGUGGUCAACGAAAGUGCCCUGAAGAAAAUGCUAAAGCAAUACAAAUACAGAGAUCUGACUGUUCGUGAGAUAACCAAUGUCAUCUCCCAGUACAAGGAUUUGAAGCCAGUAAUGGAUGCUUAUGUAUUUAAUGAUGGCUCCACAAGAGAUCUGAUGAGCUUGACAGGAACUGUUCCUGUGAGCUACAGAGGUAAUGUCUAUAACAUUCCAGUGUGUUUGUGGCUGCUGGACACGUAUCCCUACAACCCUCCUAUAUGUUUCGUCAAACCUACCAGCGCUAUGAUGAUCAAAACUGGCAAGCACAUAGAUGCUAAUGGCAAGAUCUACCUGCCGUAUCUACAUGAGUGGAAGCAUCCUCAGUCAGACCUGUAUGGUCUGAUUCAGGUGAUGAUUGUGGUGUUUGGAGAGGAGCCCCCUGUGUUUUCUCGUCCCACCACACAAGCCCCCUACCAAGCCUUUCAAGCAGCUGGACCCCCUAAUUCUUCCUACAUGCCUGGCAUGCCUGCGGUCUCACCAUAUGGCCCAAAUCCUAACUCUGGAGGCUACCCAGGUUACCAGUACCCAGGGGGGAACUCUUAUCCAGCCACUGCUGGACCUGCACACUACCCCACCCAGACUCCAGUUUCCACAGUGGGCCCAAACAGAGAUGGCACCAUCGGUGAGGACACCAUCCGUGCAUCCCUGAUUUCAGCUGUGAGUGACAAGUUGCGCUGGAGGAUGAAGGAGGAGAUGGACAGAGCUCAGGCUGAGUUGGAUGCCCUGAAGCGAACAGAAGAGGACCUGAAGAAAGGACAUCAGAAACUAGAAGAGAUGAUCUCAAGACUGGACCAGGAAGUGACUGAAGUUGACAGGAACAUUGAGCUGCUGAAGAGAAAAGACGAGGAGCUGACUGAGGCCUUGGAGAAAAUGGAGAACCAGUCAGAGAACAAUGACAUUGAUGACGUCAUUGUGCCCACAGCUCCGUUGUACAAACAGAUCCUGAACCUGUAUGCUGAAGAGAAUGCAAUUGAAGACACAAUCUUCUACCUGGGAGAAGCCCUCCGCAGGGGCGUCAUAGACCUGGAAGUUUUUCUCAAGCACGUACGCCUUCUGUCCAGGAAGCAGUUUCAGCUUCGUGCGCUUAUGCAAAAAGCCCGCAAGACUGCUGGGCUGAGUGACCUCUACUGACCUAUACGGACUACCUAGAAACAUUCAUAUCUUCAUGCUCUCUUUCUCUCUCCUCUUCCUCUUGCUGUAUUGUUUUAUUUUAAUUACAUCUUAUAUAUCAGCCAGCUGCUCUUAUUUUAUAGUCUAUAUUAAAUUUAUUCUUAUGGGACAGAAAUUUGAACAGCAACAACAAAGUAAAAUUACACUUUUGAAUGUUAAAUUGCAGCCAUAGUUGUAGCUAGAUGUCGUUUGCAUUCUGAUCUAAACAAACACUCCUUUGGGGUCGUUGUGUAAAGACAUGACCCAGACAUGACAGUGUUAUUUUUAUGGCCCCAAUAUUUAGAAACACUAUCAACUUUAAAAUUUGGUAUUAACAUUAAAAAAAAACAAAAAACAAAACUGUUGAACAUGCUGUAUUGUUAAUUUUUUUCUGUUGUGUGUGCUUUGUAUGUGACUUUUUCCCAUGCCUCUUUAACCACGCUGGUGUACGGUAUGCUGCACUACAGAUUAGCCCACAGGUUCUGUUGGCAAUCUCUUUGCCAUACAACAUCAUUUGGCUAGUAAGCACAAAUGGUAGGGGCUAAAAGAGAGGAGCUUUGUAGAGAGCCCCAUAUGAUCACUCCCUUUGUAAUGAAAAGAUAAGCCUGCGAUUUAAAUACCCAGGAUUACUUUUCAGGAAGGGCAGGGUUCAGCCUCAGGAUUUCUGCUGUAGGAGUUUAUGUUUUGGGUCAUUUUCAGUAGCCAUAAAGUUAGAGAUCACUUUAACAUAGUUGAAGGAAUGAUACCCAUGAAUCUGACCUGGUUUGUUUUGGGCAGACAUUCAGCUUUAAUUUAAGCUCUUAUGCCACUUGCCCACACUACAUAAUUCUCCAUUUUUGUGUCUCCUUAUGAAAGUGUGAGGUUCCUUCAGUGUGUCGGCUGCCUGUUUUACCCUCCAGUCUGACGAUUUUAACCAGUCAUGUACAGUUUUUGUUUCACUCUGUUGAGUGUCUCUAAAGUGGAUGGCAGUCUUGGCAGAGUACUGAAUUGUAAAGGAAUUUCUGCAUUGUUUGAUUUUCUUUUUUCCUGUGCUGUCCACUCAUUCUCAGUUCUGCUGAGAAGGUUAAAAUAAACAUAAGAUUAAAGCUGGGUGUUCAGAGGGUGCAAAAAAUAAACAAAUGUACUAAUCAGAAAUUUAACUCAUGUAAAGUUUUUUCUUUAAUUUAGCCUUUUACUAAAUGCACUUUGAAUUGUAUAUUUUUUUCUCUCAGUUUAACCAUAGACCACUUUCUUUUAUAUCUGUAGAUUUAUGUAAAUCAGUACAAAUAAAUCUGAUUUAA